GAGAAAGACCAUUCAAGUGUGAAAUUUGCAAUCGUGCUUUUAAUCAAAAAGGUGCUCUUCUAAUACAUAAAGUAAAGCAUACUGGAGAGCGGCCUCAUCUUUGUGAGUUCUGCCCAGCAUCCUUUGCUCAAAAGGGCAAUCUUCGAAACCACAUUAGGAGAGUCCAUUCUCUGAUGACUAUGGAAGGUGUAGAUGGUGUACAUAAAUGUGAUUUGUGCAGUUGUGUGUUCCGAAAACUGGGGAGUUUAAAUGCCCAUAUGAGCCGUGUCCAUUCUAGUGCAACAACUGCUUCAGAACCUAGUACAGAACUAGAAAAAUCAGAUGAUGCAGUGACUAACCAAGUGAAUGAUGUCAUACAUCAACUUAUUGAAAUGUCCAAACAGACAGAAAGUAAUGAUUUAUCUCAAGAAAGCAUCAAGAAGUUUGCUGCUGAUACCAGUGUAAGUGCUGAUAUCUUACAGCAAGCUUUGGAAAACAGUGGUUUAGCUUCUACAGAACAGCCAAAAAAUAAAUCAUGGAUGGUUGCAGUUGCUGAUUCGGCAACAGGAACUGUAAAACAUAUAAUGAGGAAUGUUGGUGGGGUUCGAUGGUAUCAAUGUAUGUAUUGUUGCAAAGAAUUUAAGAAGCCAAGUGAUCUUGUUCGACAUAUUAGAAUUCAUACUCAUGAAAAGCCUUAUAAAUGUGAUCAAUGUUUUAGAGCUUUUGCUGUUAAAAGCACGCUUAACGCUCAUCUCCGAACACAUUCAGGUACUAAAGAUUUCUCAUGUGAACAUUGCAAAAAAUUAUUUUCAACCUCAGGUAGUUUAAAAGUUCAUUUGUUACUUCAUACUGGAGCCAAGCCUUUUGCUUGUAAUGUGUGUUCACGUACAUUCCGCACAUCUGGUCACAGAAACAGUCACAUGCUAUCUCACCAGAAAGAAAAAAGUCCAAGAAAGACAAAAAGAACUUCAAAAACAUCUAAUGUUAGUGAUAUUAAUGUUUCCAAUAUACAGUUGCAGGAACCAAUUCUUAUUACUGAUACUGGAUUUGUACAGCCUGUUUCAAAACAUAACCCUAUGUAUAAUCAAUUAGUGCAGUCUAAGUAUCCUAAUGAACGUCCAUAUCUCUGUCACCAUUGUUUGAAAGCUUUUAAAAAAUCAAGUCAUUUAAAACAACACAUCAGAUCACAUACUGGAGAAAAACCUUUUGAAUGUAAUCAGUGCCAUAGAUCAUUUGUCUCAAAUGGUGUUCUAAAAGCUCAUCUUAAAACUCACUCCGGUACAAAAGCUUUUGUCUGUGAAAUAUGUCAAACAUCUUUCACUACAAAUGGUUCUUUAAAGAGGCAUAUGUGCACACACUGCACUGAUAGGCCGUAUAUGUGCCCUUAUUGUCAAAAAACUUUUAAAACUUCAAUGAAUUGUAAAAAACAUAUGAAAACCCAUCGCUACGAACUGGCUUUAGGAAUGGCAUCUGGAUUAGCUGUGACAGUUAUAUCGGAUGGUGUCGUUGGGGUGGAAAAUGAAGAGGUUAAUAAAAGUGGAACUCAACCAGUUCAAGUCAUUGAAAAUAUUGAAAGAGUAACAAUUCAAGAUAAUUGUGAACAGAUACAACCUGUUGUUACUUCAUCUGAGAAUUUUUCUUCUGAACAAGAGCCAGUCAUGUCAACAUCAGAGACAUUAUCCCAAAUGCCUCAGCAUCUGAGUCAAGAAGUCUUUAAUACUCAUACUGGACUCAUAGAACAGCCUGAGAUUAUACCGCAUGCUCAAGUAUUUGAUCAAAGUCAAAGCAAUAUAUAUUCCGUUUCAGAAAGUGAUUUGGUAGGAAACCAGUUAACAUUGCAGCCUACAACUGUAACUGAAACAUUUGGAGAAGCACCUGUCACUUCAACAGCUACACCUGUAACAGAAACUCUUGUAACUGCAAGAUUAGCAAAUGCAUUGCAUCCCACAGAAACAUCAGCAGUAGUAACUAAAGAAAACGUUGUUUCCAUCAAUGAUGGUGAAAAAACACCUCCGAAAAAAAGGAAAAAAUCUAAGAAACCUUAUAAGUGCUUACAGUGCUCCAGAGUUUUUAAGAAAUCAUCUUAUUUAAAGCAACAUGAGCGCACUCACACGGGAGACAGACCCCACAGAUGUUCUAAAUGUGGACAAAUGUACAGCACAUUGAGAACAUUGUAUGAGCAUAUGAAAAAACAUACAUAUGCUCCAGUUCCAGACCACAAAUGUACAAUUUGUAAUGCUAAAUUCAAAGCAAAGAGUUCUCUUACUCGUCACAUGGUAGUUCAUGAUACUGCCAAGCCUUUUCACUGUGCAUAUUGUUCUGAUGCAUUUGCUACUAUAGAGUUUUAUAGAGAGCACCUAAAUCAGUUUCAUCAAAAUGUUGCUUGUGGUACUCAAGAGAUUUUCGCUGAAUAUGCUCCCAGAGUUACUACAAUUAAUUUUCCUGAAGCGCUUAUUGGACAACCCAUAGAUGCUUCUGUUAUAGAAAAAAUUAUCAUGGAUUCAAUCAACAAGGAUAAAAAUGAUUUUUUACCAAAAAAUUUACAUGCUUGCGUGCGAUGCUCCAAAAGUUUCAAGAAGCCCAGUGAUCUUGUUCGACAUAUGCGCAUACAUACAGGAGAGAAACCGUACAAAUGUGAAACUUGUGGAAAAUCUUUUACUGUGAAAUCCACUCUUGAUGGUCAUUUAAAGACACAUACUGGAGAGAAAAACUUUUCUUGCCAUGUCUGUCGUUCCCUUUUUUCUACAAAAGGAAGUUUAAAAGUCCAUAUGCGAAUUCAUACAGGAGCAAAACCCUUCAAGUGCCCUCACUGUGAUAUUCUAUUUAGGACAUCAGGUCAUCGUAAAAGUCAUGUAGCUUCACAUUUCAAGGAAAGUUCUGGUCGCAAGCGUAAAGGUAUACGCCCUGGUGAAACACAGGUUUUACUUUCAGAAAAAGAUUCUGAGCCAAAUACAGAAGUCUUGCCAGUUUCUGUUGCUGAAGGAGUUUUACCAUCAGAACCUUGUACGGAAAUCCAACUGUCUGCUGUCAAUCAAGAAGGCAUGCAGCAAAUUCAGACAUCAAAUUUCGUGGAACAGAAUGUACAGAUUGCAACGCUUGAUCCUUCUAUAUUAUCAAAGUCUAUUCAAAUCGAUGCAAAUUUAUUUCAACAGCUGCAACAGCAUGUUAAUAUAAAUAUUACAAUUAGCCCUAGUCUUGCAGAACAUUUAAAUAGCCAGAGCAUUACUGAUCCUAAUCAAAGUCAGCAACUUUUAAAUAUUGAUGGAACAUCAUCAGCUGGAUCUGCAACAUUCCCUGUGAACCCAAAUAUGAUAAUCCAUCACUAUGGAUUUGCAAUGAAUUCACAACCACAAACGGAUGUUCAAACAUCAGACAAUGUGACACUCAUAAUGUCAGAUCCAAUGUCCAAAAAUGGAAAUAAUGAUAUUUACCAAAGUGCUGAAACCAUAGAUUCUCAACUUCUUGUUGCUGAAAAUAAUCCAAAUAAUGAAUUAGCUGUUGUGAACACAAGUAAAAACGUAUCUGAAGUGUUUGUUACUAAGGGAAAUAUUUCCAGCUAUCAGGUAUUAAAUUCUACUGCAAGUGAGCAUUCCCUUGAACAAUUAUUUCCUUGUUCUGUUUGUGAUAAAGUUUUUAAAUCUGCCAAUCAGUUAAAUGGACAUCUGAAAAUACACAGAACAGCAAAAAGCAAUUAUCAUUGCCAAGAUUGUCAGAAAGAUUUCCAAAAGAAAAGUCAUUUUUCAAAGCAUUUACAAACGCAUCAUUAAAAUAAGCCCCCUUCCCCUCCACACACAAAGUUGCUGCAAACUAGAUUUAGAAAUUCAUACAUUAUUAAAGUAAUUUUUAUUUUAGUAAAUGCCUAUAAAUUACUUUGUAUAAUAAUUGUUAUAUAUAAAUUAAUAAGUUUGUUAUAUGUAAACUAAUAUUUUUCUAUGCUCAAAGGAUAAGUACUUUAAAUAUGUUUUAUAGAAGUGAAAUACUCUUUUCUGUGAUGUAAUUUAUAUUGUUAUCAUUGUCUCAUUUGUGUUAAAUUUAAGUAAACCAUGUACUUAAUUAAUUGAUUUAAUUUUCUUUGUUCAUGUUUUUGGUAACGUGUUGUUUCUUUGACAGUAAAAAUUUAUUCUAAUCAGGUAUGAGUAGUUCAAUGGAAGAAAAACAUUUUUUCCUGCAUAAUUCUAAAAAAUAUAUAUAUGAAAUUAAUAGUUUAAAUUUAUUAUAUUUUAUAUGAAGAGUUAAUAAAAGUUAUAUAGUUAGUUAUUCAAUUUAUUUAAUGUCUAGUCAUAAAAAUGAAUGUAAUAAAUUGUGGUUAUUUAUGGUUAGAGCAUUUAUUUUCAUCCAUAUGUUGUACUCUUAUACAUAUGAUGAGGUUUAUUUUAAAUAUUUGUACCUAAGUACAGUAAAAAUGAGAACAUGAAAAUCUGCAUGCUUUCUCAAAAAAUUGUAAACAAUUAUACAGUACAAAGUCCGUAAUCCGGACUCGUUGGGACUUCGGCGAUUCUGGAUUAGGGUUUUUUCCGGAUUAUAGAUCAUCAAUUUAAAUCUGGUAAGAGGGAAUG